GAAAUUAUCGUAGUUUCGCUCCAGAAAUCAGUGAUUGAACAGACAGCAAUCAGAGAUGUUUGCCCUGUUUCUUCCGUUUGUCCUCUCUUGCGCUGUAGCAGCCCCCAGCGGUGCUCCAAUUUACGCUGGUGUGGGCGUGCUUGGACCAUCCUACCAUGCUCCAGUUGUUCCCGUAGCUGCAGUCGCUCAGCCCAAAACUGCCUUUUCUUACACUGUCACAAACGUCAACAGUCCUACUGGGGCCAUCAAACAACAGACAGCAGUUGGCAAAGAUGAGCUAGGGGGACAUGUUAUCCGCCAUUCAGCCCAAGCCACCAAUGUGGAUCCUCAUUCUGGACAAACAGAUGUGAAACAUGAUGAACACGAAUUCCAUAUCAAUCCCUUCAUUGGUGAGGCUGGUGUACACACACAAAAUGCAGAAGGAUCUUUGAACCCCACACUAGGAAAAGCCGCAUUUGCUCAAAAGAGCCACGAAGCCAAGAUCGCUCCUGGUCAUACCUCUGUCGCUGAUGUUGCUGACACAGCCGCUGUUUCUGCUUUCAGUAGUGCAGCUAGCCGUGAUGUUAAUGCCGCCAGGGCUGAUGUUGUUCAUGAUGGAAUAGCCAAGAAUGCUCACGCUUCUCACAAAAGCUACGUCAACACACCAGGUAUUGGUGGACAUUCCCAGGCUGCAGAAACUAACAAGCGUAGCUUUGAAGGGCCUGGAUAUGGCAAUCUUCAUUAUGAUGCCCAGUCAGCUAAGGAAGCUUAUGAUGCUCUAGGACACGCCUCUGCCAGCGAGAACGGAUACAAGCUUGACCAAGCUUAUGACUUAAGAGUCAAUUUGGGAGCCAGCAACGAACUCGAAUACAGCCGUCAUGCUGCGCAUGAUCCUUAUGGUAACUAUGGAGCUGUCACUCAGACAAGGGAAGCUUCUCAAGGUGGCCAGCUUGUGCCAGUUGUCCAUGAACAACCAGCUGUUUACAUCAGCGAACAAGUCCCUGCCCCUGUUGUUGUAAAAGAAGUAGCUCCAGCAGUUCCAGCACCCGUUGUUUACAGUGCUCCAGCUCAAGUCACCUACCAAAAAGAAGCAUACUAUAAAGAACCUCUUGUUUAUGAUGAACAUGCCUAUGGUUAUCCACAUGGAGGCUACUACGGCCAUGGAUACUAAAUUAUUUGAAGACAUAUGAAGCAGAUUGCAACUGUAGUUGAUUUUUCAUUAGGCAUCAGAAUGUUUUAUAACAACUGACUAAAAACAGUAUAUAACAUUUUAAAACAUGAAGGUUUCAUAAAUAGCCCCAUUACCUAAUCAUUUACAAGAGGCUGCACUCUGUCAAUUAACAUCCUGAACAAUUUUGAAGUCAGACAGAUAAUUUUCCACAUUCUAAAUUAAGAAAAUGCUAAUAUCUUCUUACUCAGAAAGUCUUUAUAAAAGUGUUUAUUUCUCUUUCUUUGAAUUAGAAUUUUUAUUAAGAAGUAAGAACUACUUUCCAUCUUAAAAUUAUUUUAAAUUAUAAAUUCAAUUUUUAAAUAAUUUUAAAAUAUUAAAAAUAAAUUGAAUUUUGCAUGAAUCCCCCUCCUUCCAUGUGAUCAAAAUAUCAUCUUUCUCUGAUAUUUUUCUCUGUAUUGAUUAGCGCAUGUAUUUAGCAAUCUGCUUUAGAGAUUUUGAUGCCUAAUAUGAAUAAUGAACUAAUUAUUUAUAAGUGUCGUUCUUUUUCAGUGUUUCUCAUUGUAAUUUUUAGCCGAAGUUAAUGUUUUAAGACUAGAAUAAAAUUAUUAUUUUAUAA